AACAAAAGCAAAAAAACGGUGGAAACGGUGUGCCAUCGCUCAUGGAGAUGCAGAACAACCAGCUGGUGCUCUUGAAGGCGUUCGACUUUGAGACACAGAAGCAGUACGUCCUCAACGUUCAAGUGACUGAUGACGGAAGGCCACCACCAGCUCUGACCACUUCCAUCAAGGUUGUCAUCAACGUAGCUGACACCAAUGACCUGCCAACGCAGAUCAAUCUGGUUUGUAAGAAUGGCGCCCUGUUCCCUUUUGCCAACACAACCACUCGCCCGAUGAGCUCACCAUCGAUGAUGACCAAGAGCGCCAACAUUACCGUUCCCGUGUGGCCGAGCAGAAUCGUUACUCACCCUGGAAUCCCCAACACCGCUGAAGACUGCUCCGUGAUCACUUCAGGAAUGACCAUGCCAGGUUCGAUCAUCGGCGAGGUCUACCCCGAGGACCAGGACGCGCAGAAGUGGUACACGUUCAUGCUGCUCGGCAAGGACGCGCAGUACUUCACGCUCUACCCGUACGGCAGCAUGCUGAUGAACAAGUACUCGCACUCCGCCCUCGUCCUGCUCAGGACCGACGUGGAUAUGUACAACAUGACGCUGGGCAAUCCCACCUACGACAUCUACGUGGAUGUGUACGACAACUACGGCCAGCAGCAAGUCGGCCACAUUGUGCAUAUCAGAACGGAAGAUGCAUGCGUUGCCAGUGCGUCGCAGUGCCUGCAGCAGGGCACGUGCAUGCCGUCCAUGACCCUUGGACAGGUCACCUGCGGCUGUCCGACGGGCAGCUUUGGAGACGGCCGCCUGACCAGCGUGGGAGGAACUGGAUGCAAGGCUUGCAAAGCCGGCGAGCUACCCGACGCGGCCGGCAACUGCCAGCAAGUGAACGAAUGUGCCAGCAACCCGUGCAAGCAGGGCGUGUGCGUGGACGGCGUGUUCAGCUUUACUUGCACCUGCCCCAGUGGCUUCACCGGCACCUUGUGCGAGACCAACCUGGAAGGAUGCGCUCUGAACAAGGGCGUCUGCCAGAACAAUGGUGAUUGUGUGGAUACGAAGGGAGCACUGACAUGCAUGUGCAAGACCGGCUUCACCGGAGCACACUGUGAGUACUACACGGCCGCCUGCACCAGCUUCCCGAGCACGUGCGAGGACAAGAGCGCCAAGUUCUGCGCACUCACUCCUCACGUCGGCACCCUGGAGAGCACUCCACUGUGCGUGACCAACACCGACAUGAUCCACGCCAUUAUCACUGGUGUUCCUGAGGGUCUAAGCACCAAGACUCAACAGUUUACUCACGUAUGUUCUGGCUAUCUGGAUGAAAUCCUCGCGAACGAAGCCUUCCCGCAGGAUUUCAAUGCCUACGCCACUGCUCAGCUGGGCCUUGGCUCACGCAAGCGCCGAUCCACCCAGUACACCCAGCUAGCAAUGAAGCCCUACCUCUCUCAGGUGAUCAAUAUCACCGUCCUCAAGUCCGACACGAUUCUGGUGUCGUUCUCUGUUCUUUCGGCCGCCCAGUCCUAUCACCUGUCUCACAUGACUACCAUCUGCAAGAAGCUGGUCAGCUUCAAGGACGUCCACUGCGCCAAUUUCAAUGAUUGCGUGCUGCUGCAGACGGUAAACUUUGGAUGCAGCCCAGUACCAUACGAGCAGCUGCUUGAAAAUCAAAAGGAAAUAUUCGAUGCUCUGCACUACAUCCAGUCCUACUCUCCAGAGACAAAAGCAGCUCCUUGCAUAGAGGGCAGGGCGGACUGCAAUCCGGUGGAGCCGCCGCCAGAAGCUCAGGUUGAGUCGAGCAAGUCGCCGUUCUGGAAGACCACCACGGGAAUUUCCAUCAUAGCCGUGUGUGCGGUUACAGUCCUUGUGGUGGCGAUUAUUGUCGUGUACUUCAUGUCCGGAAAGCAGAAGAUCAAGAGCCGCUAUGAGGAUCGCCGACUGAUGGAUGAUGCUGACACUGUUUCGACUCACUCCGGUGUCUCCGGCAACUACCCCAGCAUACAGCAGAGCGGCCGCAACUUCCAGGGUGUGAAGAACCCGCUGUUCGAGGGCCAGGCAGCAGCCACCGAGACCAAAGAGAACGCCAUGUACGAUUCUGCAGGUGGUGACCUAGUCAUGGAUAAUGCCAUGUAUGAAGCCGGCGAUGGUCAAGAGCAGUUGUACGAGGAACUGCCAAACUGACAGAGAGAGAAAACAGGAUAACUGAACUAGAGUGCACUACACAGCACCUGCUAUCUCUCACAUGGUCCUCAGUGCGGGCCAAUCAUGAUCAUCACUCCUGUUAAAUUUGAACAUUGAACUGCACACUUCUAUUGUAGUACCCCAUCAUGUUAAACCACUGUGUGCACCGCCCGUGCGUGCGUGCAGCAUACAUGCGUGGGUGUUGUUCAGCAAAGAUCAGUUGUCAGACUGCCAUCCAAGCCGGCCGGAUGCAUUUUUCGGUGACCCAUUUCCAGUACGUCGGCACGGCAUCUAGAUUAGACAGCUCGGCGACUUUAGGCAGUCUGUGUUAUAAUUUAUUCUUUGUGCCGCAUCCGUUUUUAGCGGGCUCAAUACUAUGUUUGUUAUCAAAUUUUCAUUCUGAAGGCAGAAUCUAAUUGCAUGCAUUCUAUUUUCAACUACCAGUUGGCAUUUCCAUCAUCCAUCGCUUAGGUCGAACCGUCCCGUAAUUUACCCGCAGGAUAGCUGGCGUCGUCAUUAAUAAGAAAAUGCCUUGAAUAGAA